UUUUGAACCUAAUUGCGCCCGGAUCAAAGCUUAGGUUUUGGCGCUAGACAAAGUAAAUUAGGGAGCCGAUCAGGCCAUUCUUUUCGGCAGCUUUGCCUGGCGUGCUUCUCUAGGAGAUCAUUGUUUUCUACUUCUCUCAUGGGCUUCUUGCCUCUUUAAUUUUCAUCUCACUGGAUGGCUAGUUUCAUUCCCAACUAAUCUGUAGACGUCCCUUCGUCUCUGCUGCCACCUUUUUUCUUUUCUGAGGAGGCUAAUUCUCACCAUAUUGUUCGAUCAUGGCUGUGGUGAGCUCGGCAAGCGGGCUCCUGGCCAUGCUGAACGAGCAACAUCCCGCCCUCAAGCUCCACGCGCUCCACAAGCUGAACUCCCUCGUUAAUCUUUUCUGGCCAGAGAUCUCAUCUAGCGUCCCGACGAUAGAAAGUUUAUACGAAGAUGAAGAGUUUGAACAGAGGCAGCUUGCUGCCCUGGUUGUUUCCAAGGUGUUUUACUACCUUGGUGAGCUUAAUGACUCAUUGUCAUAUGCCCUUGGUGCUGGUCCGAUGUUUGAUGUGUCCGAAGAUUCUGACUAUGCUCAUACCCUUCUUGCCAAAUGCCUUGAUGAGUAUGCAAGCCUGAAGUCAAGAUGUGCUAAAACUGGCGAAGAAGGUGCAGCAAUUGAUCCUAGAUUGGAAGCUAUAGUAGAGAGAAUGUUGGACAAGUGUAUUACAGAUGGAAAAUAUCAGCAGGCCAUGGGUAUGGCUGUUGAAUGUAGGAGGUUGGAUAAGUUAGAGGAGGCGAUUACUAAGAGUGAAAGUGUUCAUGGUGCUCUUUCUUACUGCAUCAACCUUUCACAUUCUUUUGUUUAUCACAGGGAGUACCGGUGUGAGAUUCUUCGUCUCCUCGUUAAAAUAUAUCAGGGAUUGCCAUCACCUGAUUAUAUAAACAUUUGCCAAUGCCUCAUGUUUCUUAACGAACCUGAUGCUGUUGCUACCACAAUGGAAAGACUUCUACGAUCCGAUAGUAAGGAUGAUGCGCUUCUAGCAUUUCAGAUUGCUUUUGAUCUUGUUGAGAACGAACAUCAAGCUUUUCUUCUAAGAGUUAGAAAUCAUCUCCUUUACCCAAAACCUCGAGCACCAAGUCUACCGGACAAUUCUAUGGAUAUUACAUCUGAAAAUGGAAAUCCUGGUGCAUCUGAUGAUGCUGCAAUUGAAACACUAAAUAUUAUCACGAAUGAUAGUUUUCAUGCUCCCAAUGGUGCCUUAGAUCCAGCUGAAGUUGCAUACAAUGAAAAGAGUGAAAAAAUUAGAGGAAUUUUGUUUGGAGAAACAUCAAUACAUCUGACAUUACAAUUUCUAUUUAGCCACAACAGGUCAGACAUCUUAAUUUUGAAAUCUAUAAAGCAGACAGUGGAAAUGAGAAAUAGUGUCUGUCACAGUGCUACCAUUUGUGCAAAUGCUAUUAUGCAUGCUGGAACAACAGUGGACACCUUCCUGAGAGAGAACUUGGAAUGGUUGAGUAGAGCGACAAAUUGGGCUAAAUUUAGUGCUACUGCUGGUCUAGGGGUUAUCCACAAAGGACACCUCAAGCAAGGUAGGGCUCUCAUGGCACCUUAUUUGCCUCAAACUGGUGCUGCUGGUGGCGGCAGUCCUUAUUCGGAAGGUGGUGCCCUUUAUGCUCUGGGUUUUAUUCAUGCCAAUCAUGGUGAAGGAAUAAAACAUUUCCUUCGAGAAAGCCUACAGAACACUAGCUCUGAGGUUAUUCAGCAUGGAGCAUGUUUAGGUCUCGGAUUGGCAGCUUUAGGAACAGCUGAUGAGGAAAUAUACGAGGAGAUCAAGAAUGUCCUAUAUACUGAUAGUGCAGUAGCUGGUGAAGCUGCUGGUAUCAGCAUGGGCUUGCUUAUGGUUGGAACAGCAAGUGAUAAGGCUAGUGAAAUGCUGGCAUAUGCACAUGAUACACAGCAUGAGAAGAUCAUUAGAGGCUUGUCUCUUGGCAUAGCAUUGACCGUUUAUGGCAGGGAAGAAGAUGCCGAUACUUUGAUUGAACAGCUCACUAGAGAUCAAGAUCCAAUUCUUCGCUAUGGUGGUAUGUAUGCGUUGGCCUUGGCAUACAGGGGGACAGCAAAUAACAAGGCGAUACAUCAGCUGCUGCAUUUUGCUGUAUCAGAUGUUAGUGAUGAUGUUAGAAGAACGGCUGUUCUCGCCCUUGGAUUUGUUCUAUACUCUGAACCAGAGCAAACACCAAGAAUUGUUUCCCUGCUUUCGGAGUCAUACAACCCACAUGUUAGAUAUGGUGCAGCUCUGGCUAUAGGCAUUUCUUGUGCCGGAACUGGUCUUAGUGAAGCCAUUUACUUGUUGGAGCCAUUGACAUCAGAUGUUGUUGAUUUUGUUCGCCAAGGAGCCCUAAUAGCCAUGGCUAUGGUCAUGAUCCAGACAAAUGAAUCUUGUGAUCAUCGAGUGGGAACAUUCAGGCGCCAAUUGGAAAAAAUAGCUCUGGAUAAGCAUGAGGAUACAAUGAGCAAGAUGGGUGCCAUUAUAGCUUCUGGUAUUCUUGAUGCAGGUGGACGAAAUGUUACAAUUAGGUUGCUUUCUAAAACUAAACAUGAUAAAAUAACAGCAGUUGUUGGACUUGCGGUAUUUAGCCAAUUUUGGUAUUGGUAUCCUCUCCUUUACUUCAUUAGUUUGUCAUUCUCACCUGCUGCAUUCAUCGGUCUGAAUUAUGAUCUCAAAGUGCCAAGAUUUGAAUUUAUGUCGAAUGCGAAGCCUUCUUUGUUUGAGUAUCCUCGACCGACAACACCACCGGCAUCAACAUCAACAGUUAAGCUACCAACUGUUGUUUUAUCAACAUCUGCAAAAGCAAAAGCUAGAGCUAAGAAAGAAGCAGAACAAAAGGCCAAUGCUGAAAAAUCCUCCAUUGAAGAUGUUUCUACUAGCUCAACUUCAGGGAAAGGUGUCAAAGCUAGUGAGAAGGAGUCUGAGGCAAGUCAGGUGAGCAACGCUCCAGAAAAGAAAGCAGAAUCCGAACCUUCUUUUGAAAUACUGACAAAUCCAGCAAGGGUUGUACCUGCACAAGAAAAGCACAUCAGAUUCCUGGAGGGAAGCAGAUAUGUACCUGUGAAGCUCGCACCAUCAGGUUUUGUUCUAUUGAGAGAUCUACAGCCAUCAGAAGCUGAGGUACUUGCUCUCACCGAUUCACCAUCAAAUGCAGCCUCUGCGAAUGGUGGCGGUGGUGGAAGCACUGGAACUCAACAGGGCUUAGGUUCUUCAGCAAUGGCUGUAGAUGAGGAGCCUCAGCCCCCACACCCAUUUGAGUUCUCUUCAUAGAGAAAUGUUUUUCUGGCAACAGUAUAAAUGCCCAAUAGAGUUUCUCCCAUUUGUUUAUUUAACACCAGCAGAUUAUCUGCUACAGGUUGAGAAACUUUUUUCAUUAAUGGAAUUGUAAUCAUUUUGUUUUCUUGGGUUAGAUUCAGGCGGAUUAUGUUAUGAAAAUCAAGCUUUUACAGGUUGCCAAUGGCGCAAGUGAUCUGUAUUUCUAGCUUUUCAAUUUAUGGGCUUCUUCAUAUUCGUUAUC